UGGGUAAAAGUCUUCCCCUCUGGCUGUAAUUCCACAGUUAGAACUUCAUAUCUUUGGCUUAAAGCUAAAUUUUCUGUCACCAUGUGGAUGUCUCCGGUGGAGGGGCCCGUUCCUGCUUAAGGACAUCAUGCAUGCAGGAGCCUUGGAUGACGUGAACUCGUGCCUGGUGAGGGUGCCAGAGAAGACAGAGGACGGCAGCCAAACUGCCCUGGUUGAGAAUGUCAUCCCUCUCCAGGAAAGACAGGACCUGCUGGAAGUGGAAGGAGAGAAGAAGGCCAUGAUGAAGCAGAUGAUGAGGCAGAUCCAGGAGGAGCCUCGGGAUUUCCUCUCCAGCUCCGUCCGCCGGCAGGCCAUGGAGACCCUGACCCAGCUAAGCCACACACAGCCCACCCUGGGUGUGCAGGAGAGGUCGGAACUGGUGAUCACGUGCGUGCAGAGUGUGUUCUCCCUGCCCUCGGUGCAGGCCAUGCAGGAGAAGGACCAGGCCAAGGCAGAGGCCAUCCGGAUCCUUUACCAUCAGACCCUGGAUGCCCUGCAAACAUUGCUCAAGGCCCUCUUUCUUGAGGACCCCACUCCCGACGGGCUGAAGAGCAUCUUGGAGCCCCUAGGGCCCUGGAUGAACUCUGGGAAGGCCCACGAGCGAGCACGGGCUGUGAACAGCAACGUCUCUGUGUUGAGCCACACGCUUCUGACUCUGCCUUUCUUUAUGCCCUUGGGGUUCCCGGCAUUGGGGCUUCUGCUGGGGAGGCUCGUCCUUCGCAUUGGGGAUCCUGAUGAGGAGAUUGGCCGGGAGGCUCUGGACGGCAUCAUCAUCCUUUACACCAUCCUGGAGCUCCAAACAGGAGGCAGAGGUGAGAAAGAGAUCAACAAGAAGGAGCUGUUUGAGAGCAACAAGCGUGUCCUCGGGCCCUACAACCCCGCCAGCCCAUGCCAGAACAUCCUGCGCGUGAUCGCGGAAUUUGGAAACUUCCUGGGGCCCCAGCAGGUAAAGGACCUGCUGCUGGCGGCCCUGGAAGGACUGCAGGGUGGCUCGGAGGCCCCGGGGAAGGACACCAGGGAGAUGACGCAGCUGGCCUCGGAGGUCACGCUCAGCUCGGUGCUGGAGUGGUAUCACCAGAGGGCGCUGGAGGUGAUCCCAGAAAUCAUGCAGGGCAUCUACAGGCAGCUGAGCCACAUCCAGGAGCCCCGGGCCCGCCAGGUGGCCCUGCUGCCCAUCUCCCACCUGGCCAGGUCCUUCAUGACCAAGGUCGUCGUGGCCCUGCUCAUGUGUCCCCUCCCGCUGGACAGCAAUGGGGCGGAGAUGUGGAGGCAGCUGAUUCUGUGCAAGCCCAGCUGUGAUGUCCGUGACCUCCUUGAUCUGCUCCUGAACAGCCUGAAGAAGAAGCCCGUCACCAACAAGGGCACAGCCUCCACCGUGCCUCUGGCGGCAGCCAGCGGCCUGUGCGAGCUCCUGUCUGUCAACAGCUGCAUGGGCCGCGUGAAGCGCAUCUACCCCCAGCUGCUCCUGGCCCUGCUCACUCAAGUCCAUUACCACAUUGGCCUCAUCCUCCCCGGCUGCACGGCUCCUCACAAGGACACCCAGAAGGAUGCCCAGCCCCCUGUCUUCAUACCUGUGCGCUGGAUGGUGAGAGUGGUGAAAACCCUGCUGCUGAAGAUGGGCUGCUUCUACGAGGUCACCUUCCUGGAUGAGCAGGGUGGCUGGGAGCUCAUGGAGCAGGCAGAAAAUCACCACCGAGGAGUGGCCCUGCUGGCCAGGGCCAUGGUGCUCUACUCCUGCCACGAGCUGUGUCGCGUCCUCUACCUGCUCAUUCCGCUCCUGGAGCGAGGCGACAAGAAGCACAAAAUUACGGCCACCGCCUUCUUCGUGGAGCUCCUCCAGAUGGAGCAGGUGCGCCGGAUCCCCGAGGAGUACUCUCUGGGGCGGAUGGUGGAAGGUCUGAGCCACCAUGACCCCGUCAUGAAGGUGAUAUCCAUCCGAGGCCUAGUCAUCCUGGCCCGCAGGACUGAGAAGGCUGCCAAGGUGCGAGCCCUCUUGCCCUCCAUGGUGAAGAGUCUGAAGGACAUGGACGGAAUGCUGGUGGUGGAGGCGGUCCACAACCUCAAGACCAUCUUCGAGGGGCAGGGCCGGAAGCUGACAGACAGCUCCGUCUGUGUGGAGAUGCUAGAGGUCCUGCAGCCACACUUCAGUGAUUCCCAAGAGGAUGUAUGUGCCUCCUGCAUCCACCUGUAUGGGAAGAUGGUGAAGAAGCUUCGACCACCACGCACCCCAGCAGUGGAGGAGCAGCUGAUCCGCACCUUGGUGCCCCUGCUGCUGGUCAUGCAGGAAGGCAACGCCAACGUGGGCCAGAAAUGCGUGAAGACCCUGUUCCGCUGUUCUUGCUUCAUGGCUUGGGAGCUGCCGAGAAAAGCCUACAGCCAGAAGCCUUGGGACAACCGGCAGAAGAGGGUAGCCAAAAUCUGCAAGUUCCUGGUGAACACCCACCGAGACAGCGCCCUCACAUUCCUCAGCCAGAGCCUGGAGUACACCAAGCACACACGGGCCUCCCUCCGGAAGUCCUCAGUCAUGUUCAUAGGGUCUCUGGUCCCAUGCAUGGGGCGCCUCGUGACAGAAGAUCGUCUGAAGGAAGUGAAAGCUGCUCUGGAAAACCUGAGACAUGACCCAGAAGCAUCAGUGUGCAUCUGUGCAGCUGAGGCCCAGGACCACAUUCUGGCCAGCUGCGGGCGGAACUACUGGUGGCCGCCACCCGAGUACACAUGGGUGUGCGACCCGGCCACCACGCACCGCUGGAGCCCCAGCUGUGAGGACCUGCCCACCUCCCACAAGCGGCGCCCCUGGAUCAUGCAGGCACUGGGCUCCUGGAGGAUGUCCUUGAAGUUGUGAUGUCCUCGAGCCCCCGUCCUCCUCAGGUGGCCUAGACCCAGCCGGGCGCACUAUAAAUGCCAUGUGUUUUACCUGUC